GUUGUCAUUCAUUAUUUCUCCAAAGUUGGCAGCGCUCUCGGAAGCGUCCAAAAAUUAGCGCGAAGGAGGACAUAUAUAUACUAAAAAUCUCAAUAUUAACAAGAUGGACAGUAAACAUAAAGUCGAGGUACACAAGCGGGAAAUGCGAUCUUUUCUGAUGGCCCGCGACCCUUCAAUCGAUCGACGCUUCCGGCCGCGACCCAACAAAAAGCUACGCCUCUUUGAUGACAUCCAGGAAUCGGAGGAUGACAGCUUCUCGGAGUACUCAGAUACCGAGUCCGACUAUACUCCCAAUGCCGCCUCGACAGCAACAAGCACAGGCGACAGCACUAGCACUGAAACAGGACCCCAAGUAUUCCUCCGCCUGCGACCCGUUACGGAUCCCUCCAAAGCCUACACAAUCUCGGAUGACGGCAGUGUGCUCAUCACGAGUUGCAAAAUAGACUCGACCAGCAACAAUGUUAACCGAAUGGAAAAACACUUUAGCUUCAGUUCCAUCUUCGACAGCUGUGUGGGCCAGCGAGAUAUAUAUGAUAUAUGUGUGGGUCCCAAAAUCUUAGAAGAGGAAUGCGUCACUAUUAUGACAUACGGCACUUCAGGAUCGGGCAAAACGUUUACACUACUCGGCGACGAUGUCCGUGCUGGAAUCAUUCCCCGAGCACUGGAGAACAUUUUCACAAUCUACAAAGAGAAUUUGUAUCACGCUCCGAAACUGAAACUAGUCAAUGGUUGCAUUACUUUCCUGCAGGAUGAUGCCACUUUGAAUGAAAUACAGGUCCGAAAAAAGCUGUUGCAACUGUGCCCCGACAUUACUGCCCACCACAAGCGACUAAAGCAAGUGAUCGAUGGUGACCAUAAUUUUGAGGUGAAGGCCUCUCCCGACACUUCGGUGAUGGUGUGGGUGUCCUUUGUAGAGAUCUACAAUGAGUUGGUGCAUGACUUGUUGGCCAUACCGCCCCGGCAGGAAAAGCUUGGCGAGGUGCCGCGUAAAAACCUGAAGAUUGUGUGUAAUAAGGGGCUAGUAUUCGUGAAGGGGCUGACCAGCGUGUUUGUGAAAACUAGCGAGGAAGCUCUGCAGCUUCUUCGACUUGGCCAGCAACGCUCCACAUAUGCCUCGACAUCAGUAAACGCAAAUUCCAGUCGAUCGCACUGUGUUUUCACGGUUGAUAUACUCAAAUACGAUCGUUCUGGCAUGACCACCCAAAGCUCCUACAGAUUCUGCGAUUUAGCGGGCUCCGAGCGGGUAAUAAACACUGGGACCACGGGUUUGCGCCUAAAAGAGGCCAAAAACAUAAACACUUCACUAAUGGUCCUCGGCAGGUGUCUGGAUGCGGCCAGUACGUCCCACAAAAAGAAAAAUAACGACGUUAUACCAUACCGCGAUUCCAAGCUCACCAUGCUGCUGCAGGCGGCAUUGCUGGGCAAAGAGAAGCUGGCUAUGAUUGUUACGGUCACUCCGGUAGACAAAUAUUACGAGGAAAACCUGAACGUCUUGAAUUUUGCCUCCAUUGCUAAGAAUAUUAUAUUUAAGGAGCCGGUAAUUAAACAGCAUAGAACCAGUUUUUGCGGCUUCAUGGAGUUUUCAAAAAUGGAGCCUGGCGAUGAAUACAAAAAGCAGCUUGAAGAAGAAAAUGUCAGCUUGACAUUGGAGAUCGAGCGCCUGAAAUUCGAUCAUGUUCUGCAAAUGCAAUUGCUGGAGGAGAAGCUGCGCAAGGAACUCACCGAUACAUACCAGGAGAUUAUCAAGGACACAAAGAAACAACUAGUAGAGGAAUGUGAAAAGAAGCUACUAAUUGCAAACAGGGAAUGGGAAUUUAAGCUUGCAUCGCAAAAGCGCCGAUACGAAGAAGAUAUAGAAGACCUCAAGGAUGAGAUAGAGGAUCUAAAGAAUCCUUCUCCAUCGGACUGUGAAAGUGUAGAUGAGGCCGAAGAGUCGAAAUCCCCCAUCGAAAUAGUCGAUGAUGAUUAAUAGUUUUAAAAUCUUAGUUCUUUCUUUAAUUAAGUGUUAAGUUUUUGUGGAGUUUUUUGCCUAUCUUUAGUGUUAUGAAAUAUUUUAUCUGUUUGUACCGAAUGCAAAAUUUUUUAAUAAACGUGUCAUUUAUAAGUUA